AUGUGUCCAUUAUGUGAUGCUAAAUGCAAUGGCGUCGCCCCGUUCUCAGCAGCAACUGCGACGCUAGCACCCUUCUCGAUGAGCAGCUUGACCACCUCCAUGUGUCCAUUCUGUGAUGCCAAAUGCAAUGGCGUCCACCCGUCCUUGGUAGCAACUGCAGUGUCAGCUCCCUUCUCAAUAAGCAGCUUGACCACCUCCAUGUGUCCAUUAUGUGAUGCUAAAUGCAAUGGCGUCGCCCCGUUCUCAGCAGCAACUGCGACGCUAGCACCCUUCUCGAUGAGCAGCUUGACCACCUCCAUGUGUCCAUUCUGUGAUGCCAAAUGCAAUGGCGUCGCCCCGUUCUCAGCAGCAACUGCGACGCUAGCACCCUUCUCGGUGAGCAGCUUGACCACCUCCAUGUGUCCAUUAUGUGAUGCUAAAUGCAAUGGCGUCGCCCCGUUCUCAGCAGCAACUGCGACGCUAGCACCCUUCUCGGUGAGCAGCUUGACCACCUCCAUGUGU